AUGAGCGCACUGUCGAAAUUCUUUGCGAAUAACAAGAUAUCUUUCUUGGACGACUUGAACUCUACCCGGGGUGAAGGAUGGACAAUUGUCAUGGGCAAUCCAGCUGGAGAUCUCGACUCGUGUGCCAGUGCUCUCGCCCAUUCAUAUCUCUCCACCAUCCUCGACCACAAACGCACCAUAGCUCUCAUCCAGACCCCGCGCUCAGACCUCAAACUCCGCCCCGAAAACCUUCUUGCAUUCAAAUAUGCUCGUCUCGACAAGGACAACAGUGAUUUGUUCACCAUGGACGACUUGACCAGUGCGAUCAAGCUCGAGGAACUGCGGUCUUCCUACGCCCUCGUAGACGACAACGUGCUCUCGUCCAAGUUCCCAAAUGACCCCGCUGCCGACCGAGUCAACGCCAUCUUUGACCAUCAUACAAACGCGGGCGCCCAUCCCAAUGCAAACCCUCGAAUUAUUCAUCCGGCAGGAUCGUGUGCCUCGAUCGUCACUAACUAUUUUCAACCCCGGUUUCCUCCGUCCCCUGCGCCCGGAGACGCAAUCACAGACGUCUCUUCGCUCUUGUUGUCCGCUAUCAUGAUCGACACGAGCGGACUCAAGGAUAACGGCAAGACCACGCCACAUGAUACGACCGCCGCGGAAUACCUCUACCCUCGUACGCCGUUUGGCGCUCCAACCAUCGCUGGAGGGGAGCCCAACAAGGAGCACAUGUCAUUGUCGGACCUGGCCACACUCCUCGUUGAUGCAAAGCGAGAUGUUGCCAAUUUGUCAGGGGAAGAACUCCUUAAACGGGACUACAAACCAUUCCACUGGAAGAACUCAAAGGGCGAGGCUGUCCACGUCGGGUUAUCUACCGUUCCCAUGGGCUUGAAGCACUGGAUCGAACGCGACGGACAGAAAAAGUUUUGGGAAGACCAAGAAGCGUACAUCAAGAAGGAAAAACUCGACAUCUUGGGCGUGCUCACCACUUUCCGGACUCGGAACAAGAACAAGCACAAGCGGGAGAUGCUACUCGUCUUUCCUCAGGGCGAAGGGGUAGCUGAUGCUCCGACCGGAUUGGAACUACAGUUGUAUACUGGCAUAGAGAGUAACCCAGAAUUGGGCGCGGAACCAAAGGAUAUACCCGGAAUUGAGAAUCGGAGGGCGAGGGCCUGGGAGCAAACACAGAAACAGGCGACCAGGAAGCAGAUUGCACCCGCUAUUCAAGCCAUCAUCGAGGCCAGCUAA